CCCCUCAUUAAUUUUGUUUAUAUUUACAAUUGGUUAUUCGAUGGCGCAUAUUUGUGCGUGAUAUUUACUAAUAUAUUUUCAAAUAUUCGUGAGAAUAUAGCGAUCUCGUUUCAGAAUGAAUCUACAAUUGUUAGAAUCCUUCGGUCAAAACUACCCGGAAGAAUUCGAUGGCUCCCUGGACUGCAUCUCACUAGCGGUAACUUGUGCCUUCAACAAAUACGGAACAUUGCUAGCGGUCGGCUGCAAUGACGGCCGAAUCGUUAUUUGGGAUUUCCUAACGCGAGGCAUCGCGAAAAUCAUAUCCGCUCACGUGCAUCCUGUGUGCAGUCUGUGCUGGUCACGCAAUGGACACAAGCUGCUAUCCGCUUCGACGGAUAACAACGUUUGCAUUUGGGACGUAUUGAGUGGAGAUUGCGAGCACAAAUAUCGCUUUCCGUCGCCUAUUUUGAAGGUGCAGUUUCAUCCCAGGAAUGAUAACAAAUUUUUGGUCUGUCCAAUGCGAUACGCCGCGGUUCUUGUGGACGUGGGAGGAAAACACCAGUGCCUGCCAUUGGAUAAUGACGGAGAUUUGAAUAUAGUGGCAUCGUUUGAUCGCCGGGGAAUACAUAUUUACUCAGGUAAUGCAAAAGGAAAAAUUCUUGUCCUGAACUGCAAUACGCUGGAAAUCGUUGCUAGUUUUAAGAUUGCUGUGGGAACAUCGAGCGCAACAGCAGUUAAAAGUAUCGAAUUCGCAAGAAGGGGAGAGGCAUUUUUGGUCAACACAUCUGAUCGCGUUAUCCGAGUUUACGAUUCAAAAGAGGUUGUAACGUGUGGAAAGGAUGGUGAACCUGAACCAAUUCAAAAACUCCAAGAUUUGGUCAAUAAAACUACGUGGAAAAAGUGUUGCUUCUCGGGAGACGGUGAAUACAUCUGCGCGGGAAGCGCCCGACAACACGCACUUUACGUGUGGGAAAAGUCCAUCGGUAACCUCGUGAAAAUUCUCCACGGAACCAAAGGAGAACUGCUGCUGGAUGUUGUCUGGCAUCCGGUCCGUCCAAUUAUUGCGUCCAUCAGUUCCGGUUUGGUUUCCAUUUGGGCCCAAAAUCAAGUGGAGAACUGGUCCGCUUUUGCUCCCGAUUUCAAAGAGUUGGAUGAAAACGUGGAUUACGAGGAGAGAGAGUCCGAAUUUGAUAUCACCGAUGAAGACAAAUCGGUUGAUCUUGCGGCGGAAUCGAAACAGGACGAGGAGGUCGAGGUAGAUGUGGUAUCCGCUGAACCAAUCGCAGCCUUCUGUUCUUCGGAUGAGGAGUAUGAAGAUGAUCAUGCACUACAGUUUCUGCCGAUGGCCCCAGAGGUGGAAGAUCCUGAGGAUGGUUGGGGAUCCCAGGAUAAUUCCGAUACACUUGUGUCUGGCUAUAACAACAAUUCUCACGAUGCACUCUCGAUGAAAGAGAACGAAACGGCUUCGAAGAAACGUAAAGCAAGCUCAUACGAUAUUGCACUGGAAAAUGCACCAACUGAAGACAUUCAUCCGCUGCUCCAAAAUAAAGCAAACAAGGACAAAGCGACGGCAGCCAAUAAAAAAGCUGCUGGACGACCCCGUAAAUAGACAAUGCAAUGCAAUACAACGUCUUUAUGUAUUUUUGAGUCUGGUACAAAGGAAAAUGGUUAGAAGAGUAUGGAUAAGAAAAAUUGCAACAAUGUUGGUUCUGUAAAUAAAAUUAACAACGGCAUUUGUGUAUAUCGUUCA